AAGAAGAAGAACCACUACAUGACCCAGUAGACUUUGCGGUUCGCGAAUCGAGAGAGUUGUGUCGACCUUGGAGUUUGACGUGCGGCAGCAUGGCUAACAAGGAGCCUAAUCGCUUCGUCCAGCAUCUGAGGGAUCUGGCAGGUCGAAUGUCUUCACCUGGUGGCAGAGGGGCAGGAUUAGGACUGAAGCUGCUGCUUGGAGCUGGUGCUUUGGCAUAUGGCAUUAAAGAAGCCACCUUCACAGUGGAGGGAGGUCAGAGAGCCGUCAUCUUCAACAGGAUUGGAGGAAUGCAGAUGGACACUGUUCUGGCUGAGGGGCUGCAUUUCAGGAUCCCUUGGUUCCAGUACCCUAUCAUCUAUGAUAUCAGAGCCAAACCCAGGAAGAUCUCCUCUUUGACUGGGAGCAAAGAUCUUCAGAUGGUGAACAUUGCUGUGCGAGUGUUGUCCAGGCCCAUGGCAUCCAACCUACCAGUCAUGUAUCAACAUCUGGGGAAGGACUACGAUGAGAGAGUCUUGCCCUCCAUUGUCAAUGAGGUCCUCAAGUCUGUGGUGGCAAAGUUUAACGCCUCACAGCUCAUCACACAGAGAGCACAGGUGUCCCUGCUGGUCCGAAGGGAGCUGUUUGAAAGAGCCAAAGACUUUAACAUCAUUCUUGAUGAUGUAGCCAUCACUGAGCUGAGCUUCAGCAGCCAGUACACUGCUGCUGUGGAGGCCAAGCAAGUUGCCCAGCAAGAGGCCCAGAGAGCCCAGUUCUAUGUGGAGAAAGCAAAACAGGAUCAGAAACAGAAGAUCAUCCAGGCUGAGGGAGAGGCUGAAGCUGCCAGAAUGCUGGGCCAGGCAGUAACCAAGAACCCAGGUUACCUGAAGCUGAGGCGAAUUAGAGCAGCACAGAACAUUGCUAAGACGGUGGCAUCAUCUCAGAACAAGGUGUACCUUAAUGCUGACAGUUUGGUCCUGAACUUACAAGACCAGACAUUUUUUAACAACUUGACACUGGGCAAAAAGAAGUGAUGAAGAAGCCACAAACUUUCCCUGUCAUCAACUUCAUCUGAACAGUCGUGUUUUGUUUAUGGCAUAGAGAAUCAGUGUACAUGACUCUAGAAGUCUGAAUACGGACAACAAGAAAGAAGAUUUUUUUUUUUUUGUGGAACAACACAGUGAUCACAUUUCAACUUAACAAUGAACAAAUCAGAGAAAAAUGUAUUGUUUAUUUGUUUAUCAAAUAGAAUACAUCUGCUCAUCCUCUAGAAACCAUGAGAGAGAGUCCAUGUCCGGUGAUUAUUAGUAGAAUGCAGAGUCCUGUAAGGGCCUUUUAUGAAUCUGAAUGAAUGCAACAAUACUCCAGAAUGAUUCAGGAGAUCAGUGUCUUCUGUCAGGAAGAGCUGAUAAGUCUCAUCUCCAAAAUGUCAAAUGCAGUGUUAUUUCUCUGCUGUAUUCAUCUCCCAUAGUUAGUCCUAAUCUGCCAGUCUUUUCUCUGAUCUACACACAUCAGAAAUGUUCCAGUCUUCCUCCAAAUGGCCCCAGGUAUGACACUGGAAUGUUUGUCAGGGCUCCAUGUUUCCAUGUAGGAGGAGCAGGUGUUAACAGCUGUUAGAUGAUGUGUUUGGAUUCAUGCAGUACACCUGAUAAUACAGCCACCAGAUUUCAGACCAAGUCAAUACUAAUUUAUCUGUUGAUAAACUUUUAUUUUAAGUACA